CCCUCACGCCAUCGGCUUCUUUCUUCAUAUCCUAUUCGUAAAUAUAAGAUUGRUAUCGGGAUUCGCUUAAAAAUACUUUUUAAAUAGGUUUUUAGUCAUUAAAGCCGAAUCUAUAUCUAUCAGUAGUCGUUUUCUCUGGCUAUUUCAUACAGUAAUAGGAUUUAUUGCGAACGAACGCAGUUGCGAACGCUGAUGGAAGGAGCUUGGAUUUAAAAAGGGUUAUUUUUCAUCAGGUGAUUGUACAAAGGUGUACGCAGCCAUGAAUGGACUCCAUACUGUUCUCUACACUUUAUUUGCCGUGCUUUUCUACAAAAAUACAGUCGUAAAUCUCUCCGCCAAAGGAAACCAAAUAACUCUUGGUAAUGACACAUCUAAGUUCGCAGGGAAGAUCGAAAACCAUCAGCUACUUGUAGACAUAGUAGAAAACACAACCGUUGAAUCGGAAUUAGACUGCAUGUUAAAAUGCAUGCGGGAGAAAGAGUGCCUGUCUUUUGACACGAGUCUUGGAGAAAAGGUGCCAUAUUUAUUGAAGUGUUAUCUGUUGUCAAGUGAUCACAACGACCAUAGCAAUCUUCUGGUAGCAAGACAAGGCUACGAUCACUAUUACUUUGAGAAUGAAAAUUAUUUGCCUGCUUUUUUUGCGAAUCAAGGGAAAUCAGAUGAAAUGUCAAAUGGCGUAUCUCGUUGUGUAAUAACAACAAGUGAUCCUUCAAACCACAUUCAUGACAAUAACUGGACAGUAGUCACUUCUGGAGGAGUUGAUGGUGCAAAUGUCGAACUACGAGGCACAGCCCCAACAGAUAGUCAUGAUCAGUUUAUCGUGCACACCCCAGGACUAGACCCAAGUACUGGUAACGUAUCGUUCGAACUGGAUGGACAUCCCAGACAUUAUGUUGUUGCAGUAAACGACUACCUCAUAAUUAAGGCGUACGAAGAUACCGCAGAGUUCAAAACGAAAGCGACGUUCACCCGUCACGUCAUUCCGAGCAAACCUGGGUACGAGACAUUCAUGUUCCAGGGAUUAACAGUGUACAACAAUCCUGGUUCAAGUCCAGAACUACAGUACAAGAAGGAAAUCUUACCUAUAGUGGGUGACAUUUAUUGGUUUAAAAUUGUAAACUAAUGUCCAGUUAUUUUUUGCUUCGCUGAAGUAAAGUAGUGGCAUUUCGCAGCAGCACUGAGUGCAGAAAAAUGUAGUGUUUUUGCAUUUCCAAAUAUUUCAUUUUUGAAAGGGAAAACUUCUAUGGGUUUUGUCAUGCUCAACGUGACUGCCGUGUAGCCAUAGUUAGUAGUCUACGCGGAAUUAUGGUGAAACACAGAAAACAGACUAGGACCUGAUAGUCUCGCCACAGUCGUUCGUAGUGUCGUCACGCAACGCCACUAAGAACUAAGAACAGCUUCGGGGAAUAGAAGACUAGGUCCAUGAAUAAAGAGAAAAUAAUGCAGUUUAAUUUUCGUCCAACUAUUUCAUUCAUUUAAAAUAAUUAGGAAAUAUUUAAGGCCAAUGUAUAUAGAAAAUAGUAGGAGUGGCGUUAAAAAAUACUUGAUGUGAAAUCACUGAAUAUGAAAAUAACGAUUAAAGAUAUAUGAAGAUAUCAUAUUUCCAAGAAACUAUAUAUCAUGUGCCAUCAAUGCACGGCAGAAAUGACUUCACGGUCAUCAUUACCAAACAAAGUUAAAAAAAUGAAAGUAUGAAAUAAUAAAAAAGA